UGAAAGGAAGGAAGAAAAACAAAAAGAUUGCAUUCCAAUUCCACCGUUUUCUUCUUCACUGCACUGCUUCUGAAAGACACACUCACAACACAGUUCAGUGAUCCAUGGGAAGCUUAUUAGACCCCACGGCAGAGGAGUUCAGGCCUACAAACCCUAACCGCCCACCCCAAACGCCGACGUUUUACUAUCUCGCUCCUCCCUUCACGGCCAUUCGUUACCACGCAUGGCUCCGCCACCACCACCACCACGCCUCCUUGAUACUCCCCUCGCCGCCCGGCACAGCGUGGCUCCACUACACCGCUCCUCCACCGCAUAGCCAAGGGACUCUCCUCGUUUCUAAUUUGGAUUCGGAGCUCGAUUCCGUCACCCUCCGAGAAACCUUCCAAGCUUUCGGUCCCGUGAAGGAAAUAAGACAUUCCUCGUCGAAAAAGGACCCAAUAUUGGUGGAAUUCUUAGACAUGAGAGACGCGGCUAAGGCUUUGGAACACAUGAACAGUAAGGAAAUUCAUGGGAGACAAGUGGUUGCUGAAUUUAGCGACGGAAGGGCUACGUCGUCUAGCCUCUCCAUGUCCAAAUUAGGGCCUCAACUUGUUCCUCGUACUGAGGUAAGUGACGACAAUAAGGUAAAUGAUGUUGAAGUAGCGAGGGGUUCGUUGAAUUUGGGUGAGAGAAAUUGAGUUAAGAAACAAAGCAAGCAUUAUUGGAGGGGAAAGGAAGCUAAGAAGCAUGAGGUUCGGUUUCUAAUUAAGGAAGAUGCUGCUAGGGUGGAGUCUAGGACCACUGUGAUGAUCAAAAACAUACCCAACAAGUACAGCCAGAAGCUAUUAUUGGACAUGUUGGACAAGCACUGCAUUCAUUGCAACGAAAAGAUUGCUAAUGGCAGUGACCAGAUUUUGUCAUCCUACGAUUUUGUGUACCUUCCCAUUGAUUUCAACAAUAAGUGCAAUGUGGGAUAUGGGUUCGUGAACAUGACGUCUCCGGAGGCAACCCUGAGGCUGUAUAAGGCUUUCCAUCUUCAACCAUGGGAGCUCUUCAAUUCGAGAAAAAUAUGCGAGGUCACCUAUGCCAGAGUUCAGGGAUUGGAAGCUUUGAAGGAACAUUUCAAGAACUCGAAAUUUCCAUACGAGAUGGAGCAGUACAUGCCAGUGGUGUUUUCACCGGCGCGAGAUGGGAAGGAACUAACAGAGCCAUUUCCAAUAAUUGCUCAAAACUCCAAACAAUGAUCCUUCCUAUUGCUCCACAUUCUCAUGAGUCAUGACAUGCUUACUAAUAGUAGAAGUGUAAUGCAGAAAAAAGACAAACCAAGGGCGUUCAAGGAUAUAUUAUAUAGUUAUUUUUGGGUGA